AUGCCAUCUCCUCGAGCGAGGACCUGUACUUCUUCAUUUCUGACGAACCGCUGGCCGGCCUCAUCCAGGACUCCUCGAGCCCGCAUCCCGGCAGCGUCCUUCUUCUCGACCUCUCCACCACGUCUUCACGCCGCCAGUCGCGAGCCGACAUACUAUGAGGUCCUCAAUGUCCCUGUGACGGCCACAGCAACAGAUAUAAAAAAAUCAUUCUAUGCCCUGUCCCUCCGUCACCAUCCAGACCGCAACAGAGACGACCCGAACGCAACGUCACGCUUCGCCCGCAUCUCCUCAGCCUACCAUGUCCUCAGCAACAGCGCCAAACGCGCCAUCUACGACCGCGACAACGGCAUCCAUGCCCACAUCCCCUCCACGCACAGCACCGCACAUCCAGGCCAACACCCGAUGGGCAGCCACAGCAGCCACUCGCAGGGUGCGGGCGCCUCCUAUGCAGGGUCCCGACCGGCAAGUGGACUGAGUAAGAGACGGGGCACGUUCCGGGGGCCACCGCCGAGUUUCUACGCGCAUGGCGGGUACGGGAAUAGAAAACCCCCGCCUGGCGCUGGCGCUUCCUCUUCCUCUUCCUCUUCCUCGUCUUCUUCUUCGUUCAAGGCUGCCUCAUCGUCAGCAAAGGAGGAAGACCCGACCUCCUUCAUUUAUCGAAACCCUGUUCACCAUUUCGAUGCAAGAAGCCACUAUGCCACCCAGAAGGCAGAGGAUAACCGCCGCCAACAACGGCGGACCCGUGAGAGAAAUGCCUCUGACAUUGAUCGGCACAUUGGCGGGAACGGCGACUUUGCCGUCCGCUUCAUCCUCGUCUGUGGCAUCCUCAUGGCUACCGCAGGUAUCGCCGGGUUUUUCCAGUGGCCGCACGGUCAGUUGGUCAGGGAUGACAGGUUUUCAAGGAAGAAGGAAGCAGGCUAA